AUGUUCCAAAAUACCUCUAUAUUAAAUCUAUCCCGUCCUCGCUUUAGUUUCUUAUAUAGAAAUAUUAUUAGAAUUCAUUUACAAAAAUAUCAUGGUCACAAAUGUCCAUCACCAGAGACGGAUGAUAAUAUUAAUUUAUCAUUUAUGAUUUACUAUCAAAGACGAAUUCAAUUAAUAAACCAUUGCAAUAAUCGAUUAUUAACACGUAUAAAGCUAUCACGACAUUUUAGUAAUCAUGCUAUUAAUAACAAUACUAUAAUCAAUGAUUCUGCCAAGGAGAAUCUCCAUGAAUCACUAAAGAUAAAUAAUAAGAAUAUAACUGAACAUUCAAAUAAAUCGGUCUCCACCAACAACACAACAACUACUAAUGCUAGACAAUAUCCAAAAAUAGUAAUAAAAAUCUUGACUCCAAUUGCAAAAUGGUUUGGCUAUGCCACAACAGGUGUUGCAUAUCGAUUGAUCGGUGAUUUUUUACCCGACACUUUUCAAACAUGGUUCACUAUCACUCAAUUACAUGUAUGGAUGUUAAUGGUAAGACUUCGCCCUGAAAAAGAUGGGAAAGUUUUCUCGCAAUAUUUAGUCGAUGAAUUUUUUGAUGAUGCCGAAAAAAGGAUUAGACAAGAUUACAAUAUUAAAAGUAGUAGAUUUGUCACUAGAUAUAUGAAAAUAUUUCGUGAACAAUUUAAAGGUGGAAUAUUGGCGUAUGAUGAAGCAAUUUUUAAUAGUGACCCUGUUUUGGCAGCUGCACUUUGGAGAAAUAUCUUUAAUGCAUCAGGAUCUGCACAAAAUACAGCUUUCCUGGUUGAAUAUGUGCGUAAUUCUCUUCAAAUGUUGGAUAACUUAAAUUGGACAGAUCUUGAUUCUAAAAAUGUGAAAUUUUUACGACCCGAUAAAAUAAAUUCCCAAAUACAUUCAUAA